GCUGGCCAAUAGGCGGACGAGUGGGCGGACCGGGAGCAGCAGUGGGCGGACCGGGAGCAGGGAGUGGGACCAGGGAUGUGGUUGCAGUGCAGGACGACAGGCAGCGGUGCAGGACGACAGGCAUCCGGAUUGACACAUUGGUGGAGAGAAAACUCAGUGUGAUCAGAGGAGAUAGUGUUUCUCUGGUAGAAACUAAAGAUGGCGGGAAAGAUACCUAAAGAUGAGAUGGAGGAGCUCAGAGAGGCCUUCCAGAAAGUUGAUACUAACAGUAAUGGUUUUAUCUGUGACGUGGAGCUGACUGACCUGUUUAAAGAAGCUAACCUACCGUUGCCGGGAUACAAGGUCAGAGAGAUCAUUAAAAAACUGGACCGCAACAAAGACAACCAGAUCAGCUUCGACGAGUUCCUCUCGAUCGCCAAGGAGCUGAAGGGUGAUGACAUAGCUAAGAGCUUCCGGAAGGCCAUCAACAGGAAGGAGGGGAUUCUGGCGAUAGGAGGAACCAGUGAGCUGUCCAGUGAAGGAACACAACACUCAUUCUCAGAGGAGGAGCGUUACGCGUUUGUUAACUGGAUCAAUGCAGCGCUGGAGAAGGACCCUGACUGUAAACACGUCCUCCCUAUGAACCCCAACACCCCCAACAGUUUGUUCACUGCUGUGGGAGACGGCAUCAUUCUCUGUAAAAUGAUCAACCUGUCAGUCCCAGACACCAUUGAUGAGAGGACAAUCAAUAAGAAGAAGCUCACUCCCUUCACCAUACAGGAGAAUCUCAACCUGGCUCUGAAUUCUGCCUCUGCUAUUGGUUGUCAUGUAGUGAACAUCGGAGCUCUGGAUCUGAGAGAGGGGAAACCACAUCUGGUACUGGGCCUGCUGUGGCAAAUCAUCAAGAUAGGGCUGUUCGCUGAUAUAGAACUCAGUAGGAACGAAGCCCUAGCUGCGUUGCUGCGUGAGGGAGAGAGUCUGGAGGAUUUGAUGAAGCUGUCUCCUGAAGAGCUUCUGCUCCGCUGGGCUAACUUUCACCUAGAGAAUGCUGGCUUCAGCAAGAUCAACAACCUCUCCUCUGACAUCAAGGACUCUAGGGCUUACUAUCACCUGCUGAACAUGAUCGCUCCUGACGGCAGAAAAGAGAACGAGCAACGCAUUGAGAUCAACAUGUCUGGAUACAAUGAGAAAGAUGACCUGCGCAGGGCAGAGAGUAUGCUGGUUCAGGCUGACAGGUUGGGCUGUAGACAGUUUGUGACCCCCACUGAUGUGGUCUGUGGGAACCCCAAACUCAACCUGGCGUUCGUUGCCAACCUGUUUAAUAAAUACCCAUCACUCACCAAGCCUGAGGGGCAGGACCUGGACUGGGCCAAACUGGAGGGUGAGACGAGAGAGGAGAGAACCUUCAGGAACUGGAUGAAUUCUCUGGGAGUCAACCCUCAUGUUAACCAUAUAUACGGUGAUCUGUUAGAUGCGCUGGUCAUCCUCCAGCUGUAUGAGAGGAUUAAGGUUGCAGUGGACUGGGACCACAAAGUCAACCGCCCUCCCUACCCCAAGCUAGGGGCCAACAUGAAGAAGCUGGAGAACUGUAACUACGCAGUGGACCUCGGGAAGGCCAAGGCAGGGUUCUCUCUGGUCGGCAUCGGAGGACAGGACCUUAACGACGGAAACCCCACCCUCACCCUGGCUCUGGUCUGGCAACUGAUGAGGAGAUACACUCUGAAUGUUCUGGAGGACCUUGGACAUGGAGAGGCUGCUAAUGAUGACCUCAUCAUCAACUGGGUCAACAGAACCCUGACUGGAGCCGGGAAGAACUCUAAGAUCUCCAGCUUCAAGGAUCGUGUUAUCAGCAGUAGUCUUCCUGUCCUGGACCUGAUUGACUCCAUCCAGCCACGCAGCGUGAACUAUGACCUUGUCAAGACUGGAACGCUCUCCGACGUCGACAGAUUGGACAAUGCCAAGUACGCUGUGUCCAUGGCAAGGAAGAUCGGAGCCCGUGUGUACGCCCUACCAGAGGACCUGGUGGAGGUGAAACCUAAGAUGGUGAUGACUGUGUUCGCCUGCCUCAUGGGACGGGGUAUGAAGAGGGAAUAGCACUUCAGCCACACCAUCAGCCUGUGCCUCAGCCUCUAGCCUGUUUGCUAAAAGGCUUCUGGCUUAAACAAUGAAAACAGCCAUAUUAUAUUAGAUACAUAUUGAAUGAAAGUGGCCAUACUGCUCCACAGCUGAUUUGAUGACUCUGAUCUGAUUUGAUGACUCUGGUCUGAUUUGAUGACUCUGGUCUGAUUUGAUGACUCUGGUCUGAUUUGAUGACUCUGGUCUGAUUUGAUGACUCUGGUCUGAUUUGAUGACUCUGAUCUGAUUUGAUGACUCUGAUCUGAUUUGAUGACUCUGAUCUGAUUUGAUGACUCUGGUCUGAUUUGAUGACUCUGAUCUGAUUUGAUGACUCUGAUCUGAUUUGAUGACUCUGGUCUGAUUUGAUGACUCUGGUCUGAUUUGAUGACUCUGGUCUGAUUUGAUGACUCUGGUCUGAUUUGAUGACUCUGGUCUGAUUUGAUGACUCUGGUCUGAUUUGAUGACUCUGGUCUGAUUUGAUGACUCUGGUCUGAUUUGAUGACUCUGAUCUGAUUUGAUGACUCUGAUCUGAUUUGAUGACUCUGGUCUGAUUUGAUGACUCUGAUCUGAUUUGAUGACUCUGAUCUGAUUUGAUGACUCUGAUCUGAUUUGAUGACUCUGGUCUGAUUUGAUGACUCUGUAUAUCUGCCUUUAACUUAAGACACAGUGUCACACUGUAUGUGAUGCUGUAGCUUUUCGUUGACCUCUGUGGUGAACAUGAGACUGGACUAUGGCUGUUUAAGGACAUGUCAUGUGGGGGAUGACUGGAAUCGCUCUCACAACAGUUCUUAGUUGAGAGAUUGGACUCGAAGGUUCUGUAGGAUUAGAGAGAGAGAGAGAGACAGAGAGAGAUAGAGAUUGAGAGAGAGAGAUAUAUAUAGAUUGAGAGAGAAAGACAGAGAGAUAGAGAGAGAGAGAAAGACCGAGCGAUAGAGAGAGUGUGUUGCUUUGAUUCAAAGAUUUUUCAUCGAAUGGCCUUAAAGUUCAGUCGUAAACGGGUCCCUAUGUCCCUAGUUUAGAUUAUUGACCAAAUUACACAAAACAUACCUACACAAUAGAGUAUUCCAUGUUAUUAGUAUGUUUGACUGGUAUAUAUGGAAUCCCAUGUUAUUAGUAUGUUAUUAGUAUGUUUUACUGGUAUAUAUGGUAUCCCAUGUUAUUAGUAUGUUAUUAGUAUGUUUUACUGGUAUAUAUGGCAUCCCAUGUUAUUAGUAUGUUUUACUGGUAUAUAUGGCAUCCCAUGUUAUUAGUAUGUUAUUAGUAUGUUUUACUGGUAUAUAUGGCAUCCCAUGUUAUUAGUAUGUUAUUAGUAUGUUUUACUGGUAUAUAUGGCAUCCCAUGUUAUUAGUAUGUUUUACUGGUAUAUAUGGCAUCCCAUGUUACUAGUAUGUUUUACUGGUAUAUAUGGCAUCCCAUGUUAUUAGUAUGUUUUACUGGUAUAUAUGGCAUCCCAUGUUACUAGUAUGUUUUACUGGUAUAUAUGGCAUCCCAUGUUAUUAGUAUGUUUUACUGGUAUAUAUGGCAUCCCAUGUUAUUAGUAUGUUUUACUGGUAUAUAUGGCAUUCCAUGUUAUUAGUAUGUUUGACUGGUAUAUAUGGCAUCCCAUGUUAUUAGUAUGUUAUUAGUAUGUUUUACUGGUAUAUAUGGCAUUCCAUGUUAUUAGUAUGUUACUAGUAUGUUUGACUGGUAUAUAUGGCAUCCCAUGUUAUUAGUAUGUUUGACUGGUAUAUAUGGCAUCCCAUGUUAUUAGUAUGUUUUACUGGUAUAUAUGGCAUCCCAUGUUAUUAGUAUGUUUUACUGGUAUAUAUGGCAUCCCAUGUUAUUAGUAUGUUUUACUGGUAUAUAUGGCAUCCCAUGUUAUUAGUAUGUUUGACUGGUAUAUAUGGCAUCCCAUGUUAUUAGUAUGUUUGACUGGUAUAUAUGGCAUCCCAUGUUAUUAGUAUGUUUGACUGGUAUAUAUGGCAUCCCAUGUUAUUAGUAUGUUAUUAGUAUGUUUGACUGGUAUAUAUGGCAUCCCAUGUUAUUAGUAUGUUUGACUGGUAUAUAUGGCAUCCCAUGUUAUUAGUAUGUUUGACUGGUAUAUAUGGCAUCCCAUGUUAUUAGUAUGUUUGACUGGUAUAUAUGUUAUUAGUAUGUUUGACUGGUAUAUAUGGCCAUGCCUUUAACAGAAAGGUAGCCAAUCAACUAUGCAUAAACAAUCUUUUUUGUUGUUGAAAUAAUGUAGUCGUUGAAAAGCAAAGCUUUAAAUGUCCCUGACCAGUUAGUGAUGUGUAAUGGAACCUGUUAAAACACUACUAUCGUUGGUGAGGAAGGAUUUGGGGAGAGAAGCCUGUCUGAGUUACAGAGUCCUGUCUAUACAGACGCCAUGAUCCUGAACGGAUUAAAUACAAAUCUUCACGAUA